AUGGUGAAUGUGGUUCCCUUAGCUGGGUAUGCAUUCAAUUAUGAGAAAAUAGUUGGCCGGCCUAUAAAAUUUAAUGCAUUGUUGACAACAUAUGAAGUGGUUGUAAAGGAUAAGGCUGUUCUUUUCAAGAUCAAGUGGAAUUAUCUGAUGGUGGAUGAAGCUCAUAGACUAAAGAACAGUGAGGCUCAGCUGUACACAACUCUCUUGGAAUUUAGCACAAAAAACAAGUUGCUUAUAACCGGUACCCCAUUGCAGAACAGUGUGGAAGAGUUAUGUUUCCUCUGCCAUGUCUUGAAGUUGGAUAUCUUAUUGCACUGCCAGGAGGGAAACCAAUUGCACCUCAUAGUGAUUGGAAACAAUCAAAAAUUCUUUUGAACCAUGAAGAGCUUCAACAGGUAAUUCUUUAUGUUGAUUCGUGAUUCUGCAUUUAUUUAUAGUGUGUUAAGAAAAGAAAAAUUACCUGCACACAUAAAUCC